AUGGCUUGUAAGGGGUUCUGGGAAUGCUUGUUGAAGCUUCUGAACUUCUUGUUAAUUCUUGUGGGCUUGGCUAUGAUUGGUUAUGGGAUAUACCUAUUCGUGGAGUAUAAGAGUGCUGAUUCUUCUUCUGGUGGUGGUGAUGCUCCUCUUCCCCCUUCGAGUGAAGAGAUUGUGCAGCUUGGUCGGCCCAUGCUGUUAGCUGUGACUCUGGGCGACAGUAUUUUUGACAAACUUCCGAAGGCAUGGUUUAUAUAUCUUUUCAUUGGCACCGGUGCAGUUGUUCUGUUUAUUGCUUGUUGUGGUUGCAUUGGAACUUCUACACGUAAUGGGUGCUGCUUGACUUGCUUCUCAGUACUGGUGUUCUUGUUAAUACUAAUAGAGCUGGGGUUGGCUGCCUUUAUAUUCUUUGACAAGAGCUGGAAACAGGAAAUUCCAACCGACAAAACUGGAAAUUUUGAUAUGAUAUAUGAAUUUGUGGAGGGGCACUGGAAAAUUAUCCAGUGGGUGGCUUUGGGAGUUGUCAUACUAGAGGGCCUUAUAUUUUUGUUAGCACUUGUUGUAAGGGCUGCAAAUGCACCAGCAGACUAUGAUAGUGAUGAAGAAUAUAUAGGUGGGCCGAGACAACAAAUUCGACAGCCUUUGAUAAAUAAUAGGGCAGCUGCUCCAGCCACAGGUGUACCUGUUUCUGGUUCUCUUGAUCACCGUCCGAGUAGGAAUGACGCUUGGAGUACACGAAUGAGGGAAAAGUACGGACUGGAUACUUCGGAAUUUACGUACAACCCAUCUGAGUCAAACAGAUACCAGCAAACUGCUGCGCAGCCAUCUGAGGAAACAAGUCGCUGCAUCAUUAUGUAA